GAAGGGGAGAGAGAGAUAGAGCGCGAGAGCACGUAAACAAUCCUGGUAUUUCUCUCCUGUUCAUUCAGUUUUAAAUGGUGACACACGACAAAGUUGACGGAUUUAUACCCGGAGUAUCAGGAGGAGACAGAGGGCAGUGGAUUAGGAAGAAGCGGGACGUUAAAUAAAGCGGCACUGGUACAAGAUGAUGCCCGCAGCAGCCUCACCCUAAACUAGCUCCCUUUUCCGACGAAGGGGGGGGAGAAAGGGAGUGAGGGACAGGGGAAACAGAAGGGAUGGGGGAAACGGAUGAAGAGAGGAGCUCUCAGGCUAGUCAGCUCUUCGAGAACUUCGUUCAGGCCUCCACGUGUAAAGGCACACUCCAGGCUUUCGGCUUGCUGUGCAGGCAGCUGGAGCUCGACCCGGCCGACCACCGAGGCUUCUACGGCAACCUGAAAGCGGCGGUCACCUCCUGGAAGGCCAAAGCGCUGUGGACUAAGCUGGACAAACGAGCCAAUCACAAGGAGUACAAGAAAGGCAGAGCAUGCACAGAUAUCAGGUGUCUGAUCAUCGGCGGAGGCCCCUGCGGGUUGCGUACAGCCAUAGAGCUAGCUCUCCUCGGAGCCAAAGUGGUGGUGAUCGAGAAGAGGGACUCGUUCUCCAGGAACAACGUCCUCCAUCUUUGGCCUUACACCAUCCACGACCUCAGGAACCUCGGUGCUAAGAAGUUCUACGGCAAGUUCUGCGCCGGAGCCAUAGACCAUAUCAGUAUACGUCAGCUGCAGCUGAUCCUCCUAAAGGUGAGCCUCAUUGUCGGGGUGGAGGUGCACGUCAACGUCGAGUUCCUCAAACUCCGCGAGCCUCCCGAACAGCAGAAGAACGAUGGGUCUGGAUGGAGAGCAGAACUGCAUCCUGCUAGUCACCCAGUCUCUGAUUAUGACUUCGACGUGUUAAUAGGGGCAGACGGACGGAGAAGCACGCUAGACGGUUUCAAAAGAAAGGAGUUUCGAGGCAAGCUCGCCAUCGCCAUCACGGCCAACUUCGUGAACCGCAACACCACGGCCGAGGCCAAAGUGGAGGAGAUCAGCGGCGUGGCCUUCAUCUUCAACCAGAAGUUCUUCCUGGAGCUUAAGGAAGAGACGGGAAUCGAUUUGGAGAACAUUGUGUACUACAAGGACAACACACACUACUUCGUCAUGACCGCAAAGAAGCAGAGUUUGCUGGAUAAAGGUGUAAUUAUUCACGAUUACAUCGAGACAGAGCGACUCCUGCACAGCGACAACGUCAAUCAGGAGGCUCUGCUCUCCUACGCCCGCGAGGCCGCCGACUUCGGCACCAACUACCAGCUGCCGUCGCUGGACUACGCCAUGAACCACUACGCGCAGCCCGACGUGGCCAUGUUCGACUUCACCUGCAUGUAUGCGUCGGAAAACGCUGCGGUCAUCCGGGAGAAGAACGGACACCAGCUGCUGGUGGCUCUGGUUGGAGAUAGCCUUCUGGAGCCGUUUUGGCCCAUGGGAACAGGAUGUGCUCGAGGCUUCCUGGCAGCGUUUGACACGGUGUGGAUGGUGCAGGGAUGGGCUCAGGGCAAGGCCCCUCUGGAGGUGCUGUCUGAGAGGGAGAGCAUCUACAGGCUGCUGCCUCAAACCACAGCAGAAAACAUCAGUAAGAACUUCGAGCAGUACACCAUCGACCCUGCAACCCGCUACCCCAACCUCAACUCCACCUGCGUCCGACCGCACCAGGUUCAACAUCUCUACAUCAAUGGGGAGCAGAACUCGCGUAUGCUGGAGCGAAGUGGACUUACACGCAGGUCUGUCAAUAUCUCCAGGAAAGAGUCGGAGGUGCGGCCCAGCCGCUUGUUGCUGUGGUGUCAGAAACAGACGCAAGGCUACAAAGGAGUGAACGUUACCGACCUCACUACAUCCUGGAGAAGUGGACUCGCCCUAUGCGCCCUCAUCCACCACCAACGGCCAGACCUCAUUGAUUUUAAUUCUUUGAAUGAAGCGGACAGCGCCAGGAACAAUCAGCUUGCGUUUGAGUUAGCCGAGAAAGCGUUCGGCAUCCAGCCGCUCAUCACCGGGAAGGAAAUGGCUGCUGAGAAGGAACCCGACAAACUCGUCAUGGUGCUCUACCUGUCCAAGUUCCACGAGAUGUUCCGCAACUCCUCCUCACCUGCUUCAGGAAUACCGUGGGAGACCAACGAGGACAUUUCAUCCAAUUCCAAUAAUACUGUCUGCAACUUAACGAACCUUGCGUUGCACAGGAAACGGAUUCCAAAGGAUGAGAAAAUUGUUGAAGAUAACGACAACAAAAAGAGAAGAAAAGCCAUCAGCUACCUGGAAGAGCUUUCCAAACAGAGCACUUCGACUGCGGUGGAGGAGGGCGAGCAAAAGGAGAAUAAAGUGCGCUCCAUGGCGACUCAGCUUCAGGCCAAGUUCGAGGAGAACGCUCCCGGCUACGUCUGGCGUCGACAGUCAGCAUCCGAUUCGUAUUCUGAAAAGCCUGUUUCUCUGGACAUGACUGAAAACCCUCGGUUCGCCAAACCCAAGCUCCAGUCCUCAUGCCCUCCUUCUUCUCCCAAACCCAAGUGGAAGCCGUCCCCUUACUUAAGACUCCUUGAGUCUCAAAAGCAGCCUGGUCACAAACAUGGACAGGCGGAAACCCAGGACAUUCAGUUUCACUCAGUCUACCAUGCCAUGGAUAACCAGUCAGGGUUUCAGACUCCAGAGGUACAGUUCACGUGUCAAACAACAGAAGCUUGGUCUCGCCAUCAGUCCACUUCUGAACCUCGACCCGGCCUUCAAUGCAUUUCGGUCUCGGCGACUCAGCUGUUGACUCUGAAGCACGUCCUCAGACCUGAAAAGCAACCUUCAAUCAGCUCAAAGUCCUCGGAUACCUUUUCGCUCUCCACACCUGCUCUGGGAGGGAUGCUGCAGCGAUUAAAGAUCCUGGAGGACAAGAUCACACAGAAUAAAGUUCAGACUCCAAGCGCACGAGAGUUCAGCAAAAAGAGUAUCAGGGAGCGAGCCGAGCAGCUGAGCUUCCUCUUCUCUGGAACGCCGUCGCAGAAGAUUGAGUCCUCUCCAGCUCCUGCUUCUCCUCCUCCUAAACCUCUCUCAUGCCCUUCUCUCCCUGAGCCUUCUGCUCUUUCCUGUGUCCUGUCUCCUCUUCCUGAAGCUCCGCCCACGCAGUGUAACGGACAUUCUGAGUCAGAGGAGGUGACUCACGAUCACCGUGGGCAGAAAAGUCAAUCCGAAAUCAAACGCGCACAAUGCCUCGAUCCUUCCAGACAGAGGACAGUGGGGAAGGUUUCCUCUGUGAUUGGUGUUAAAGCUGCCACUCUGGCCAUCCUUUACGAAACCGAUCACAGACCCAACAACCCCGUCACCGUCUCACUGACUGAGGCCAGGAGAUGCCAGGAGUCUGGUUCGGUUAACCUGCGGAAGGAGUUUGCGCCCGGGAUGGGCGGCAGCGACACCUGUCACUUCUGUAAGAAGCGUGUGUACGUGAUGGAGCGAUUAAGCGCAGAGGGCUACUUCUUCCACCGGGAAUGUUUCCGCUGUGAGGUCUGCAGCGCCACCCUGAGGCUGGGAGGACACGUGUUUGACCAAGGCACUUUUUACUGCAAGCUACACUUUUCCCAGCGCAAAACCGGCAACAGGCUUCGAAAGCCAGAGGUCCGCAGAAGCGACGCGCCCGUAUCAGAUAGCACCGACGGGUACUCCGCCAGCGGGAGCCUCUGCAGGCAGCCUUCAGACAAACCAGGUGCAAAUCCGUUGUCCAAGACACAGGAAGACCCCGUCCAGAAAGUUCUGCAGGAUACGGAGAGUUCAACCAAGCCACAGCUCUCAGAUCUUCCUACCAUCAACAGUAACAGGGACGGUGAGUGUUCAGCUCAGGAUCCUUCCACAGCAUCCGAUCCGCUCGCUCCGAGCUCUCCACCGCUCAGCAAAGUGGAGAGUUCAUACACACGAGGAGAAGUGACCAUCAGAAACCAUCGCUGGACAAGGAAGAUCAGAGCGACGUUGCCUCUGAUUCUGGUUAAGCCGUUUGACCAGAGGAGAAGAUCUAGCGAUGCUCUAAUAGAAGAAGGAGAUUCCGAUUUCGAGGAAAUCCAUACACCACGGAAACACGAACAUCACGCUGCAGACUCGCUCUACCCGCUACAGGAGGAACCGUCUCAUGACAAAUCGUCUCAUGUUGAGAUUCCGCAUUAUCGCACUCACGGGACUUCACCCAUCCCCAAAUCUAACACUGCACAGCAACUCGCUGCCUCCACACCCGGACCACACCAGCACGGCACGGUCAGCCCGAAGAGGAAGCUCAUUCUGUCCACGUCUGAGAAGGAGAGGCUCCUGAAUUGGGAUCUGUCCACUCCUGGAACAUAUUCCUCCACGGCUGCAGCCAUAGAUAAAGCAGAAAGGUACAGCGCCAGACCCGGAAACUCGCAGAAACCUCAGACCGUUCCAGAACCUCAACCAGAGCCGGAUCCCGCCCCUGCCGAACCUGAGCCCAGCCCUCCUCCCUCAGGCUUCCAGAUGUGGGCCAGCGUGCUGAGGAGAUCCUUCUCCGGAGCAGCGAACAACCCCAAAGUUAUCAGGAGAAACCGCCCUCGCCGUGCCAGGCCGCUUUCAGAGGGCUCCUUCGGCUUCAACUUCCUGUUCAGCGGCUCUGCUCAGAACCAGGAGGAGGAAAUGAGGAAGCGCUCUAGAGCAGAUCGAUCAGGAAGCCGGAGCGAAACGGAAGGCAGGAGCGAGAUCACGGCCAUGUUGGAACAGGUGACGCUCAGCAACAAGCCGUCCGGGGCUUCCAAAGAUGACAUGGCCUCCCUGCCGCCAAGGAAGCUGAACUUCUUCUCCUCGAUGAGGCUGAAGAGGAACGAAGGGGGAAACGGGAGCAAGACGGACCACCAGGCAAAGGACAUCUGGAACAUUCUGUCCAAAUUCAGGAACAACGCACCGUCACAACAGCAGCAGCAGCAACAGCAAGAGCAGGAGGACUGUUCAUCCAGUGAGGAAGACCAGAAAUCUGUCACACAAUGGUCCGAAUCAGGUCACUCUGAGAGACGGAGAAAGCAUGAAGUCAUGCAAACCAAGCGAGAGCAGCUGAAACGACUUCACAGGGCUCAGCUGAUCCAGAGGCAGCUAGAGGAGGUCGAGGAGAAGCAAAGAGCUCUGGAAGAGAAGGGAGUAGCGCUGGAGAAGGUCCUCAGAGGAGAAAGCGAGGAAACGUCAGUAGAUGAAGCCGAACUGCUGCAAACGUGGUUUAAACUCGUCUUGGACAAGAACAAGCUGACCAGAUAUGAAUCAGAGCUCAUGAUCUUUGCUCAGGAGCUGGAGCUGGAGGACAGACAGAGUCAGCUGCAGCAGGAUCUCAGAUGCAGGAUGGCCACUGAAGACUGUAAGAAGAGCGCGGCGGAGCUGGCGGAGGAACAGGCCCUGCUGGACGAGGUGAUGAAGGUGGUGGAGGAAAGAGAUCGGCUGGUGAGCCUGCUCGAGGAACAACGGCUUCAGGAGAAAGCCGAGGACCGCGACCUCGAGAGCCUCAUCCUCUCCAAGAGAUACCAGUUUCACUGGGCAUGACCCACACACACUUGACCACACACACUUGAACGUAUAGAGAGACGAGAACGAGAUGAAUGCUGAUUUAGGAUAAACACAAACUUGACUAAGAAGGGAAAUAUUCUAGCACUUGUGAAAGCUUUACAUGUAUAAGGAUUACUCCUCAAUCACUAAUCUUAAACCACACACAGAUCCUAGAUCUGCAAUAUGCAUAAAAAAAAAUCCGCAUCCACUUGCUGUAAAGAUUUUACGUGUCGUUUCACGUUAUAUCUCCAUGCAGAAUGACGUCAGCAGCCUUCCCGAACUCCGACUGAACCCCCUGCUGCAUCACUGCUGAUUUUUUUUUUAAGAAAAGAAAAACGUGCCUCAGCUUAAGCCGUAAAAAAAAAAAAAAUUACUUAUCGGGUAGAUUUACUUACAGUCGGCUUCAUUUCCAGCGAGUCACAGCCUUAACACUUGUGUAACACUGAAAAAAGAAGAAAAAAAAUGCAUGUAACACUGAAACACUACAACUGCCUACUACUGUGUUUGUGAAUAAGUGCACUCACGAGGGUGUAUUACUGCUGUACGGUAACGUUAAAGCUCUGAUUUUGUUAGCGUGAACGUAAAAGUUUAACCGUUGGAACAUGUUUCAUGUUAGCGACAUUAACGUUGUGUUCUGUUUGUCAUGUCCUGUAAUCUGUCCUGUGUUUAAUUUAUGAUUGAGACGGCCCGACGAGGCAUGGAUUGAUUUGAUUUAAUUUAAUUUAAUAAAGACAGCAAACACUGUUUGCUGAUGGAUAUUUUAAAAGUGUGUCUAGUUCUAUAUUCUAUAGCAUCGAUUAAAUGUGGAAGGUGUGCAGACCCGAAAAGAUGCGAGUGUAUAAGUUCAGAAUAUAUGGGAAACCAGAAAACAUGGAAGGACCUCCACAUGGAAAGCGAGAGAACUUGAAUGCAACCCAAGAUCAAGACUGAACCAGAAGCCUACACACUGCAACAUUACCGUGCCAUGGUGCUUAACUAUUCGAUUAAUGAUAAU